UGAAGUAUAAGCUAAGGAAACUCAACACCAUAUCCGAUGAUAUAUCAUCCCAUAAUACUGUCUCUUCAUUCUCCCUAGCUAUAACCUGCAUUGCUCUCAUCUCAUCUAGCUAUCUCGGUCUUCUUAGCUAGCUUUUCCAUCAAAAUUUAAUUAAUUAAACCAUAUAUAUAUCAUGGAAGCAGAUUCUGCAGAAAAUCAAGAACCCAUCAUUAUUCUCCCCUCCGCCGCCGUAGACUACCGGGCCAACGUGGAUACCUCGCGCCCUUUCCGGUCGGUGAAAGAAGCGGUGGCGAUUUUCGGGGAGCGGUUCUUGGCCGGAGAAGUCUACUCACAGUCCUCCUCGUCUAAGCCUCCCUUCGCGUUCCCCAAGCAUGAAACGCCGUGCUAUUACUCCCCGACUACAAAAUCCCACGACGUAGUUUCUGCGGCGGCGGCGGAGGAGGAGGAGGAGGAGUCGGCGGUGGCGUACACGCUGAGGAAACUGGAGGCGGAGCUGGAGGAGACGAAGGCGGAGCUGAAGCAGCUGAGGGAGAGGGAAUCGGAGACGGAAAUCGCGCUGGCGUCGUUGAACGCCGAGCUUCACAAGAAUAUGUCGAAGCUGGCUCAAGCGGAGGCGGCUUCGGCGGCAAAAGCGGCGGCGGCGGCGGAUGCGAGGUCAAUCUGCGCCGGCGCCGGCGCCGGCGAGAUCAUCAAGAAACCGAGUUUGGCGGAUGUAUUGAGAGGCGGUGAUAGGAAGAAGAAGAUGAUGGCGAAGAAGAAGCCGAUAAUUCCACUUGUGGGGGAUUUGUUUACGAGGAAGAAAGGGUCGUCGUCGCCGAUUGCGAUGAACAAUCCUCUCUUUUCAUCUUCUCAUGCAUGGUUUAAUUGAAUUGAUAUGAUGAAACCUCAACCCCCAUGCAUGCAUGCAUGCAUGAAUAAUUUAAAUACUAAAUUCAAAUUGUUUUUUUUUAAUGAUAUGUGAGCAAAAUUAAACCCCAUAAUUUUGUACCAUUUGUAUUCCAAUUACCUUAUGUUAAUGUGCAUGACUUUUUAUAAUGAUGAUAGAUAUGAUGCUUGUGCCCGCA